CUCUCGCGCGACGCAGCUGCCUGCAAACACCCGUCUCGAGGCGAACAUGGCGGCAACUUGACAACGGCAGAGAGAUGAAGACGGUGUGGGCUUGAAAAAGACGAGCUCUGUUCCAGGCUGCAGGCCAUCCGCCGACACAAAGGCACACGACUUCGCCAUGUUGGAAGAGGAUAGAGCCCUUGUCCCUACACGACCGACGCCGAGGAAAAUGUAAACGCGUCUGAGAGGCUUUCUGAAACCAGUCGAGGCUACGCAGAGGAGCGGAGCGGUGCGGAGCUCAGGGCGGGCAGGAGGAGGUGCUGAGGGGGGAGACAUGCUGCUGAAGAACAGCGGCGUCGCCGGUCAGCCAUGGAGGAUGCGGCCCGCGGCUGUGUGCGUCUAAAUUUCCCCACCAGCACGUCAAUUUAAUGGGAAUUACCGAUAAGCGCGGAGGUAAGCCGGGACAACCUACGAGCCGACGUUUAAGAGGAGAAAAACGCGAAGCGGACCCCACGUCAAUGACUGUUGUGGCAGAGGAGCCCCCACGGUGGAGUCGGCCGGUUCCCAAAAUAUGACCAGGGGUGCUCGGACGUGUUGGCAGCAAGAUGACGGCUUCCCAAUCUGGCUAGAACCCCGCGACAACCAAAAGCCAUUCACCGACUCAGAGAGGGCGCAGAGAUGGCGACUGUCCUUGGCAUCCCUCUUGUUUUUAACCAUCCUCCUCUCUGAUCACCUGUGGUUCUGCGCCGAGGCCAAACUGACCAGGACCCGGGACAAGUUCUCCUCCUCCAACCUGCUCUCCCCCCAAACCCACUUAGCACACAGCAGCCUCAGAGGAAACCAAUAUGCUAUUUUUAUAGGAAAUUCUACCAAACAUUUAUGGCGGCUUGAAACUUGCCACCGCGAUAGUUUAUCUAAAAACUGCUUUACAUUUGGAGAUGCCGACCAUUUGUGCAGGGGCCUUUCCGACAAAGAGGGGACGCGGUCUGUAAAUAUGAGCGAUUUGUACCUUUCCUUUUGUAACUCCUACUCACUACUGGAUUUGUUUUACGGAUCGACAAGUCCGGACAAUUUGAACUGCAGCCUUGACGUGCUCAGCGAUGGCGACAUGACGAGAUGCAGCCUGUGCAUCCAGGCGUACCAGCGCUACGACCAGCACGCCCAGGAGAAAUAUGAGGACUUUGAGCUCAUGACUCAGAAAUACGAGGUGGAUGAAUAUUCAGUGAGGACGUGCAUGGAGCAGUGCAAGAUGGCCUAUAAGCCCUGGCUGUGUGCUCAGUAUUUCCCCACCACCCAGCAGUCCUGUCAGAAGAAGGUACCAUGCCACCAGUACUGCCUGGAGGUCCAGCAGAGCUGUCCGUUCAUCCUUCCCGAUAACGACGACCUGAUCCACGGCGGCAGCCCCAGCUUCAUCUGCACAGGCCUUUUGGGAGAGCAUCCAUCAGACAACGAGGCGGAAUGUUGCGAUGUCCGAUGGGACUCCAGAAUGGACAACCCUUCAGGCGGGACCCUAAAAAGGACAGCUUCCCCCUGCCCCCUCCAGGGGGCCUCGGUCACCUCCGCCGCCACCCCUAGACUGUGCAGCGGGCGUCUGAAGAUCUGCCUGCUGGCCCUCGUCCUCCUACACACUGUUAUCAUCAUCUCGGCCUCACAUAAUGCCACAUGGGUAGGCGUGGCUGCCAUUUUCUCGCCGGAGGAGGGUGCGUCUAACGAGGAGUGAACCUUGGGGUUGAAUCGAAGACGGAGCUUAUCAUGAAUGAUGUCUUUCGAGAGGAAUAGUUUCCUUAUGGCUUUUGCAGUGUCAUGGCUGCCAGGGACACAUCUGGCAUGACAUGCUGGAAAUGCCUCUACAAUCUACCGCCAAUGAACCAUCAACCACAGAAAGUGGUAGGGUUUUAACAGGAGCUGAGGGUCCUGGGAUUGGACAUCGACCGGUUGGAGAAGUUUGAGAACCACCCCAUUAAGAACUGACCUCUUGCCACUUGAAAACUGCUCAUUGUUUCUAUUCCACCCAAAUGUUUUCUAGCAUAUUGUCCCUCCUUCUCUUCAGCUUACCUUUCCUUCCUUCCUUCUGCCCUUCCCUCCCAAGUCCGUGAUGUUCUGGAGGGUGUAUGGAUGGCAUGUCACAGGGAAAGAUUUCACAAGGAAAAAGACAUCGUUGCCAUGUGUGCGCUCUCACUCAUCAUUACCUUUAAGGUUUUUGCUGCAUUUUUUCAGGUGCCAGAAUGUUUUGACAUAUCAACUAUAUUCCAGUUCCUGCUCCCUGACACCUUAGAGUACAGAGGCAUCUUACUACCUUGUAUGUGAUAAUAGUUCUUGCUUGAGGGCCUAUGAGAACUAGCCAGAAGUUACCCAUGAAUCAUGUGGUCUCGCAAAAACAAAAAUAUAUGUGAUUCUUCUAUAUUCUGAUGUUCAGCUUGUAUUUUGUCAUUCUAGACCUUCUCUCAGCCCCCUGUAAAGGUACAUGCUUACACAUUUUAGGACCUUAAGUGCUCUAAGACUGGCUUGCUUCUUUUAACUCAUGCCAUGGAGCAAGUUAGGAGUUUUGAAGUGCAGGUGGAUGUGGAGAUAGCGACGGUGUUUGCAGGAGCUGGUUUUGCCUCUGUACCAAGCUCACGGGGUCAAACCGUCUUGAACAUAGAGGCCAUACGCCAAGAAGUCAAACUUGGCCUGUGCCACCACCACUUAGCAGUAUGAGAACAGGUGCGCCCACUGUUUGUGUGUGUGUGUUUGUGAUUGUGUGCAUGCGCGCGUGCAUGUGUGUGGUGUUCUCUUGUUCUGAAGGGUUCGGUGAAGUUCAGUUUACCUCAUAUGGUAGCGUUGAUGUUUCAGAGAGGCAGCUGGUGUGGUCUCCGUGUUGCCCAGUGGCUUGUCUUGAUGCCAUGGUGAGACUUCAGAGCUGGGGUAGGUGGGACUGCAGGACAGCCAAGGGAAACCUGUGUUUUGGUGCCCUGGCUACCUAUUGCACGUAGAACAGUUGCACGAAGCCAAAAUGCCGGUUCUUCUGAGUGCCUCUAAGUCCGGUGAGGCAGAUACUGGCAGUCAGUGGAGCAAUAUAGAAAAAACAGUGCCGUUGUCUUUUGAACAGCUGUGUUAUUGUCCUACUUCCUGGCAAUUUCACAACUUGGCAUCAGUAUAGAGGUUUGUAGUAGCCUUGGUGCAAGUGGCCGGCUAACCAAUCAGUCACCCCACUGAUUCCUACACACAGAAAAAUAAUGGUUUUGAAAUGGUUCUUUAAAAAAAACUCUAUGGUUCCAUGAAGAACCAUCAACUACGAAAGAGCAACUUCAUUCAGUGGAUGCUUGUUUUGUUGAAUCAUUUGGCUCCAAUAUGAACUAUUUUGAAAAAUGCUUUUUAAGAGUACUUUUUUUUUUUGAAAACCAUUUCUGAUUCCUCAAACAAUGUUUUAUGGGUCUUCAUUGAAGAACCAUCCAAAGAAAUGGUUCUUUAAAGAACCAUGGUCUGAAAGGUUUUUUGUGGAAUCAGAAAUGCUUCUCCUAUAUUACCACUAUGAAGAACUAUUUUUUUUUAAUUCCAGCUGACACCUUUAUUUCCUUUAAGAAAUGAGAAUUAACUGCUUUUUACAUCUACCUUUUCUUUUCUGUCCUUUGGCAGAACGAUUGCUGAUCCCUCAAAGAAUCAUUUUCAUGACUCUUUGAGACACCUUUGAAUCAUUUAAGACAUGGUUCUUUAAUGAGCAUUGGUCUGAAGGGUGCUUUGUGGAACCAGGAAAUCACUCCAAAGAACCAUUUUCAGUUUCAGCUGGCACCUUUGUUUUCCUGUGUGUAAAUCACCCUUAGAGUAGUCAAUCAACCUCUAUCUUUCACAGACUAGCAAAGGGCUGUGUUAGUAUCAGCAUUAGUGAGAGGAGUUUUCAAGGGCUGAUUCAUCCGAUUUUCUUCUGGUUUUUUUUUUUUUUUCUGACUUCUGCCACUAGUGUGCAUUGACAUCUGGACACAGUGAUCGAGAAGAGUUUUCAUCCCCCCUUUUUUCAGCGAGGAAUGCACUGAUACUGGUAUCAGAUAUUGAGCAGAUGCAAGAGUAUAAUCAGUUUGACAAUUUCAUCUACAGUUAAAUCUGAUACCAACAGCAAUGUGCAGUUACCAAAAAGCAACUUGAUUUUCUGCCUUCUUCAUGCAUAGGAUAGUAGAUCUUUGUAAUGAAUCUCCAUCAUUUCCAUCCUUAGACCACCCUCCCUCCUAACGAGGACACAGUGAUCCAUGUCUGUCACAAUAAGUUGGAUUGGAUCUGUGCAGUUUAGACCAAUCCUUAAACUUCAGUAGUUGUUUUCACUGCCACUGUGAAAACAUGGUAUCGGUGCAUCCCUACCCUCAGCGUUUUUUAACAGCUUUACCUUACCUCAUGUCACCAUGACCAUCGAUUGCUCUUCUUAUUUACACCUGAGUGGGAUAAGAUAAGGAAGUCAAGUCUACACUCGCCUCUGGAUUUUCAAGAUACAGCUUGUAGACUUGUAGCCCUCUCCCAUUUACUCUCUGCUCCCUUUUGCUUGAUAUACUUGUGAUGUGUUGAUUUUUACCUUUUUUUUAUUUUACAUUUUGUUUUGUUAUCUGAAAGAACUGUGUUAAGGAGAACAGAACUACAUUCCCUUGAAGACAGCAGCGGAUGUAUUGCCAUUGUAAUAGGAAUGCUCAUACUUGUAUACCGUCCUUUUGAUAUCCAGCUGUUCAUGAUCUGAGUCCUGUGGAUCUAUGCAGAUGAACCCCAAACCCCAAGCCCCUAACCCCGACUCCCUGUGGACCCCCCGCCCCCACACAUCACCACAGAGCCCUUGUCCUUUCUGUUGUAAAUAUGUCCUGAGGAUGUGGGAUCUCAAAAUGGCCACCAACCGCCCCUUACACACACUGUUGAAAUCUCACUGUGUUUUCUGUUUGCCUCCUUGGUUUUUGUCUGUUUUUUGAAAAAUUUUGCCGCAUUUUUCUGUUGUCUAAAGCAGUGGUGUGAGUUGAUGAGUAGGACUUGGAUGUUAAAAGAUGAGACAAAGAGGUCUUAAGAAAAUAUAUAUAUUAAAAAAUGAAGCUUGAAUUGAGAAAAGGGUUCAAAUAUAGAGAAAAAAAUUAUGAUAAAGUUGUCAUAUUGUCAUACUAGAGAUGCUUUAGUUUGCUAUUUUACUUUCUUUUUUUCUACAAAAGACUUGGAUGAAAUUAUUUAUAAAAUGCGUCCCACAAGUCAUGAUCUUUUUUGGACGUAAAACAAAUACACAUUUAUUAACAU